AUUGUCUGAAGAUUUAAGCGUUAAUGAAGAAGACUUACAAGCAAGUCAUGUUUUAGAGCUUGCUGAGGCAGUCAAAAAUCAAUCGAAUUACAAAGUGAAUUAUAACCGAGAAGCAGUGACCUCUCCUCCCGACGAAAUAACGAAUGUUGCAUCGCGCCUCCAAGAAGGAACUGCUACAGCCAUUGUAACGAGUUACUCAACAAGGAGCGAUGACACUCCACAACCUUUUGAAGGAAGUGUGGACUUUCACAAGAAUUCAUUGAAAGACGUAAAAGGCAAAUCAGUGGUGUCCUCACGGAAAUACACUGCAUCGUCAUACAAUAACAUGCGUCUCGUACCAAGUCAGCUGGGUGACCUAAAUCAGGCAAAAGAUUGUCACGAGCGUGCCCUAGAACCUCAGCAAGAUGAUUUGGCAACGUCAUACCUGGGUCUUGAACUCCAUCAGCUGGGUGCCCUAAACCAGGCAGAAGAUUGUCACCAGCGUGCCCUAGAUAUUUCGUUGAAAGAGCUAGGACCUCAAUAUAUUGAUGUCGCAACAACAUAUGAUACCCUGGGUUUUGUAUACCGUCAGCUGGAUGACCUAAAGCAGGCAGAAGAUUAUCACAAGCGUGCCCUAGAUAUUCGGUUGAAAGAGCUAGGACCUCAACAUAUUGAUGUCGCAACGUCAUAUGAUAACCUGGGUCUUGUACACCGUCAGCUGGGUGACCUAAAGCAGGCAGAAGAUUAUCACAAGCGUGCCCUAGAUAUUCGGUUGAAAGAGCUAGGACCUCAGCAUAUUGAUGUCGCAACGUCAUAUGAUAACCUGGGUCUUGUACACCGUCAGCUGGGUGACCUAAAGCAGGCAGAAGAUUAUCACAAGCGUGCCCUAGAUAUUCGGUUGAAAGAGCUAGGACCUCAGCAUAUUGAUGUCGCAACGUCAUAUGAUAACCUGGGUCUUGUACACCUUGAGCUGGGUGACCUAAAGCAGGCAAAAGACUGUCACGAGCGAGCACUGAAUGUUUGGCUGAAAAAGCUUGGACGUGUGCAUGUUGCUGUCGCAAUGUGUUACAAUAACCUGGGCCUUGUCCACUCGCUGCUGGGUGACCUAAAGCAGGCAAAACACUUUCACAAGCUAGCCCUGUAUGUUCGGCUGCAAUUGCUCGGACCUGAGCAUGUUCAUGUCGCAACGUCUUUCAAUAACCUGGGCAUUGUCCACAGGCAGCUGGGUGACCUAAAGCAGGCAAAAGAAUGUUACGAGCGAGCCCUGGAUGUUCGGCUGAAAGAGCUAGGACCUCAGCAUAUUGAUGUCGCAACGUCAUAUGAUAACCUGGGUCUUGUACACCGUCAGCUGGGUGACCUAAAGCAGGCAAAAGAUUAUCACAAGUGUGCCCUAGAUAUUCGGUUGAAACAGCUAGGACCUCAGCAUUGUGAUGUCGCAACGUCAUAUGAUAACCUGGGUCUUGUACACCGUCAGCUGGGUGACCUAAAGCAGGCAAAAGAUUAUCACAAGCGUGCCCUAGAAAUUCGGUUGAAAUAGCAAGGACCUGAGCAUGUUGAUGUCGCAACGUCAUACGAUAAC